CCGCCGCCAGCACCGCGCCCGCCGCCCGCCGCGACAGCACGUACGCCGUGCCGCUGCAGUAGGGCGGGUACCGCGGCUGCGGGAACAACGACUCGGCCACAAAGUGGCGGCUGCGGGGGGUCGCGGCUGGGCGCCACCCGCCAGUGCACGCGGCCCAGGUAGAGCCGGGCGGGCGCGUCGCGCCACGCCGCCAGGAACGUCGCGACAGCGGGCACGUUGACGAACACGUCGUCGUCGGCCUUGAGCAGGAAGGGCGCGGCGGCGCAGCAGGCGCGGCCCCCAGCGCAGCAGCAGCAGCGUCUUGCGGCUCAGGUUGCCGUAGGUGUCGGCGAAGUCGCCCUGCAGGAUGUCGCCGUGCUGCCGCGCCCUCGGCCAGCAGCUCGCGCUGGCCCCGGGCGUCCCGCGGCGUGCCCAGCACGAAGACGGUGCGGGCGGGGGGGCGCGGCCGGGGGGCCCGGCCAGGAGCCGCCCCAGCCCCCCCAUGGCGGAGCCGCUGCAGAAGAAGCUCCAGGGGGAGCUGGAGAAAUACCAGCAGCUACAGAAAGAGCUGGGCCGGGCGGUGGCGGCGCGGCAGAAACUGGAGACGCAGCUGACGGAGAACAACAUCGUGCAGGAGGAGCUGAACCUGCUGGACGAGUCCAACACCAUUUUCAAGCUCUUGGGCCCCGUUUUGGUCAAGCAGGACCUGGAGGAGGCCAAGGGCACCGUGGGGAAACGGCUCGAGUACAUCAGCGGGGAGAUGAAGCGCUACGAGCAGCAGAUGCAGGAGCUGGAGCGGCGCUCGGAGCAGCAGCGGGAGCUGCUGGGGCGGCUCCAGCAGGAGCUCCAGGCCAAGCCCUGAGCACCCCCAAAUUUUGGGGACCCCCACAAAAAAAUUUGGGGACCCCCCCCCGAAAUCUUGGAUCCCCCCCAUUCCAAAAAUCCCAAUUAAAAUCCAGAAAAACGCCCCAAAA